AUGAUUUGGAAAUCACCACUCCUUUUAGCAAUAACGUACGCAGCCGUCACUUCGGCUCUUCCAUCUCAUCUGCUUCCACGCCAUGAUCAUCAUGACAGAUCAUGCUCUGUGCAGCCACGGUCAAAUUUGCGAGAAGGUCCUCUAGCGGAGGUUGUACGUCGGAUAGAAAGAUAUCCUGAAGGCCAUCCCUUCUGCCGCGAAAUUAUCCAUGAGACUUGCGAGGUUGUUACCAAAACUGAGACAGUAGUCCCAGAGCCAAGUAUUUCCAGAAUCACCCGAACUGUCACCGAUCAUCCUCAUCGAGUGACUAAGACGACGACAAAGCACUUCACAUCAACAAUUUUGAAGCCACCAACCCGCACCACGACUCUCUAUGCAACAAAGACAUUGACUCAAACGGUUCCUUUGGCGAUCACGGAUCUAUCAACUGUGACAAUCUCUACUGUUCUGAUCGGCAUUUUGGCCGAGCCGGAAUACGAAACGGUUACAGUGCCAGUUACCAGUGUCAUCACUGAUACCUUGACGGAGGCAAUCACUGAUUAUGCUGCUGCAACAAUCACUGAGUCUUUCAUUGACAUUACCACCAAAACAUUGACCAACACCAUUACCGACUGGUCGACGGCGUACAUCACAACUUUCUUCACUGAGCCUACAACAGCUUAUAUCACCAAUGUUUAUACGGAUAUUGGAACUGCAACAAUAACCAACUAUCAUACCGAGACUAUAACCAUUUCUUUUACUGAUACUGUCUCUAAAACUGCCACUGACACUGUAUCAAUCACCACAACUCAAGAUGUGGAUGUCACUGUGACCAGCACACAGUCCGAGACUACUGUUCAGACUGAUCUCGAAACCGCAACUAAUACUGUUCUGGCAACUGUUACCGACUACACGACUACAACAUUCACUUCGGUUGCGACUGAUCAAGUAACUGUGACUGCCACUGCUGUUGUUACUGUAGAAGCUUCAGCCAAUAAGAGAGAUGUGAUCGACGAGUGUGAAGUGCCAGUUCCUUCUGCUUUGAGGGGCAUCCACAGAACCGAUCUAUAUAGUGCAUGCUCUAUCUUGAUUUUCGAAGACUGGAACUCUGAAGUGUACACUACUAAAACACUUGCUCGACAAACGGUGACUGAAACUCUGACCAUCCAUACUGUGGCGCCUAGCGUGCCUACUAUCUACGUUACAAAAUUUGUAACGGAUUUCAUCACUCGAAAAGCCCCUGGUACAUUGACAACUGUCAAAACCAACACGGUCACGACCGAUAUCACAGAAACAAUAACAUAUUAUGCCACUUCGACCAUAACCUCUUCUUCGGUUUCCUUCCUCGAUGUAUUCACAUUGACAGUGGAGAGCCCCACCACAAGAACUGAGACAGUUACCGCCACAGUGACCAGCGAAAUAACUACCCCAACUACCCUAGACAUAACAGUCCAGGAAACCGCUUCUGUCACUGACUGUGUCACUUCUGGUGUGACAACUACUGCCACGACUGAUAUCACAAUCAUUGAAACCAAUACCGAGACUGUUAGUAUUGUGACUAGCCAGACAACUACUCAGUCUGCCGAUAUCACUGUUACUGAGAAGUCAUCUGUGACAAGCAUGGAGACCGUGACAACUACGCUCGAUGUGACAGACUUAGCCAAGAUAACUUCGACGUCUUUAGUCACUGUUACCACCACCGUUCCUGUCACGGUCGAAACCACCGUUGCCAAAACUAUCGAUGUCACUAGCACAACGUCUACCACGUUAACUAUCGACAUAACUGUCACCCAGACAGUUGCAAUCACCACGACUACCACAGCUUCUUCCACUGCCACCAGCUCUCCAACCUGUGGAGUGAACGUCGUCUCCAACCCUGAUUUUGCCGAUGAAACACUAUCUCCUUGGACUUUCUCAGCUACAGGCAGUGGAGAAUAUCAAUUUUCGAGCGGCGAUAACACCGACUACUCAAUCGAUCUCCUUAUCCCCUCUACUGGGUCAAGCACAGCUACGAUAUCCCAGACAAUUUCAACCGUCGCUGGAGAAGUAUAUACCAUAUCAUAUGAAUAUGAAGUAACUGGUGGAAACGUCGCGACCAGACUGAUUUGUUCAUUCGAUAACACUGAGAAUACUAGGUAUACGAUCGCUAUUGGUUCGACAACGAAACAGGUAUGGCAUAUCCUCGAGAGUACUUUUACGGCUACAUCGUCGAGUACGACUAUUACAUUUGAACUAAUCUCUUCGAUUGUAUCGUCUGUGAAACUUGAUGGCGUCUCGCUUGUUCUACCGUGCUGA